AGCAAUACAGCAAAGUCAUUAAGGUUCCAUACUCAUCCUAUUUGGAAAUAUGGCUCGAGAAUCCCUCUCUGCAGAAAUUGAGUCACUGAACCAGAUCUUGAGACUCGUAGAGGCAUUUAGAGCUUUCGACUCAGACAACGACGGACUAAUUACAACUGCUGAGCUUGGUGGCAUUUUGGCAUCACUUGGCUAUACUGCCGGUGAACAAGACGUUAGGGCAAUGAUGCAGCAAGCAGACACCAGCAAAGAUGGAUUGCUAAGCAUAGACGAGUUCUUGGAGAUGAACACCAAAGAUAUGGGACUUAGCGGUCUUGCAAAUAUUUUUACAACGGCGUGUGAAGCUCUUAAAGUUGAUAGUGAUGAGGCUGUGACUGCAGAGGAGUUAUAUGAAGUUACACAGAAUGGGGGAUCAGGAAUUUCUUUGGAGACUUGGCAAAAUAUUGUUGCCUCCAUGGACGGCGAUGGGGAUGGUGCUAUUAGCUUUGAAGACUUCAAGCUAAUAGUUGGUUCUCUUCUCUAGCUCUAUUCUGUAUCGAACGUUUAAGAACCACACUCAUAUAUGAAGUGUGUCUACUUAAAAUGUCUUACAGAAAGCAGCAUGUUGUGUGUUCCAAAUUAUAAAUAAAGUCACAUAAAGAUUAUAUUGCACGGAAACUUCCCGUGUCCUA